GACCGGGAAUUUAGGGCAAAAUUGUCAACGCACAUUUUGAACUUGAGAAUCUGCCUUGCUGUUUCGCUCAACAACUAUAUCACUCCUUUGCCUCCAAAAAAAAAAACUAUAUCACUCAUCUUUUGGAUCUGAAUCCGCGUAUUCUGAACUUUUAUUCGAGUAGUCUUUUCUUCGCCAAAUUGCCGAUCCAAUCCGUAGGAAUCAAUAGAAAAGAGCAUGUCUUCUGAAUGGAAUGUGUUCUUGAGCUUCAGAGGUAUAGAUACCCGGAAGACCUUCACUGGCCACUUAUUCGAGGCUUUGACUCGAGCUGGAGUUCGAACAUUUAUGGAUGAUCCUGAGCUACGAAAAGGAGAAGAAAUUUCACCCCAAUUGCUUAAGGCUAUUCAAUCGUCGGAGAUUUCGCUUGUAAUUUUCUCAAGAAACUAUGCGUCUUCUCGGUGGUGCCUUGACGAACUUGUGGAGAUCCUGGAAUGCAAACGACGUUUGGGACAAUCAGUUUAUCCGGUGUUUCUAGAUGUUCCUCCAGCAGUUGUACGCCACAAGACUGAUAGUUAUGGAAAAGCUUUCGAGGAGCACGAGAGGAGAUAUGUUUCUAAUUAACAUGGAGAAAGUGAAGAAAUGGAAAGAUGCACUAUUUACUGCUGCAAAUCUCUCUGGUUAUGACCUCAAGAAUGACGCGGAUGAGUCUGAAGCUGGGCUAAUCAAGAAAAUUUUAAAGGACAUCUUACCUAAAGUAAAUCUCGUAAAUUUGAAUGUUGCAAAGGAACCAGUUGGAAUAGAAUCUCGUGUGGAAGUAAUAACACAAUUGUUGAGCACUGGUAGCACUGAUAUCCAAAAGAUUGGGAUAUACGGUAUGGGGGGUAUAGGUAAGACGACCAUUGCCAAGGCCCUCUUUAAUAAAAACUUCCGUCGCUUUGAUGGCAGUUGCUUUCUUGCAAACAUAAGAGAAGCUUCAGAAGGACAUGACGGUAUACUUCACCUGCAAGAGAAGCUUCUUUCUGAAAUUCUUGUAGUAGAUAAUUUCAGGAUUAAUAACGAAGACAGAGGGAUCAAUUUAUUGAUGGAAAGAUUAUGUUCUAAGAAAGUUCUGAUCGUUCUUGAUGAUUUAAACGACAGACGGCAAUUUGAUUGCUUAGCAGGAUCAUGGAACCAAUUUGAUAAAGAGAGCAUGAUUGUCAUUACAACACAGUAUGUGGGUCUGCUGGAACAAAUUGAGGUACCGGUAGACAAACGGUACAGCGUCAAGGAACUGAACGAAAAAGAGUCUUUGGAGCUCUUUAGUCGACAUGCCUUUAGAAAAUCACUUCCUUCUGAGGAAUAUAGGGAAGUUUCUGAAGGCAUUGUACGUCAAGCAGGAGGGCUUCCAUUAGCUCUUGUAGUUUUAGGAUCUUAUUUAUUUAGAAGAUCCAUGGGAGAAUGGAGAAGUUCCCUCGGCCAAUUGCAACAAAUUCCUCGACAUGACAUUCAAAAAAAACUCUUGAUAAGCUACCAUGCACUUGGAAUUGGAAACCUGCAGGAUGUGUUCCUUGACAUUGCAUGUUUUUUUAUUGGCCAUGAUAAAGAAAUGACAAUCAGUAUAUUAAACUCAUGUGGAUUUGAUUCAGAAAAUAAUAUUACCAUUUUGAUGGAAAGAUGUUUACUAUCAGUAAAUGAGAAAAAUGAGUUGAGGAUGCAUGAUGUGCUACGGGAGAUGGGAAGAGAUAUUGCUCAUAAUAAUUGCCCCGGUAAACCUUGGAAACACAGUCGAUUGUGGUCAGGUCAAGACAUUUUCAAUGUGUUAGACCAAAAGAAGGGAGAGUCAUGCAUCAAGUGUAUCAUCCCAUAUGGAGGGGUACUAGAGGAAGAACCAUUCCGCAGACGCAUCCAAAAUGAUGGGGGACCAUACCAUGUAUUAUUCGAAACUGACACAUUUGAAAAUAUGCAUGAUCUAAGAUUGCUUAGCAUCAAUAAGGUGGAUCUCACUGGAAGCUUCAGAGGUAUAUUUCAAGAGCUAAGGUGGCUUUCUUGGCGAGACUGUCCUUUGGAGUGUUUACCAUUUGAUUUUAGUCCAACAAACUUAGUUUUCCUUGACUUGCGCCGGAGCAAUUUUAAGAUUUUGUGGAAUGGUCCUAAGCGUAUGGAACAACUGAAGAUCCUUAAUUUAAGUGAAUGUGCAGUCUUGACAACUACCCCAGACUUCAGCGGAACCCCUUGCAUCGAGGAUCUAGUUCUCCAUGGUUGUUUGAACAUGGUAGAGAUUGAUCCAUCUGUCGGACACUUGCUUAGCCUGGUUAAGUUGAAUUUGAUGGGUUGCACAAGUCUAAAAUGUCUGCCAGGCAGCCUAUGCAGUUUGACAGCAUUGGAACAACUAGAUCUUGAUGAUUGCUCAGUUUUAGAAGGUUUACCUGAUAGAUUGGGGAACAUGAAAUCCUUGAUGAUGCUUUCGGCAAAUAACACAGCAAUUAUUAACUUACCGGAAUCCAUAGGACGUUUAAAAAAACUCAGUAAGUUGUCAUUACAUAGGUGCAAAAAGCUCAAGUAUCUUCCAAGCAGCAUCUGCAACCUGACAGCAGUGGAAUUUGUAGAUUUUAGUUAUUGCACGUAUCUAGAAAGAUUGCCAGACAGGAUUGGGGACAUGGAAUCCUUGAACAUGCUUGGAGCAGGAGGUACAGCAAUUACAAGCAUACCGGAAUCCAUCGGCGAUUUAAGUAAGCUCAGUAAGUUGUUAUUGCAUAGCUGCAAGAAGCUCAUGUACAUUCCAAGCAACAUUUGCAACCUGAGAGCACUGGAAUCUUUAGAUCUUAAUAAUUGCUCAAAUUUAAAAGAAUUGCCUGAUAAUAUUGGGAACAUGGAAUCUUUGAGGAUCUUGUGGGCAGAAGGCACAUCAAUUACAAGAUUACCAGAAUCCACAGGACGUUUAAGUAACCUUGUUGAGCUUGUAUUAAGUGAUUGCAAUAGGCUCACAUAUUUUCCGACUAGCAUCUGCGAUCUAAGAUUUCUGGAGCGUCUAGAUCUUAGUGAUUGCUCAAGUCUAGAAGGUCUGCCCGAUAAUAUUGGAAAUGUCAUAAGCUUAAGGGAAUUUCGGGCUUGCCACACGAGCUUUAGGGAAUUUCCUACUUGUGUUGGAAAUUUGAAGAAUCUCGAAAUCCUGGUUAUACAAUUUCAAAAAGGAUGGCUUGUUACUAAACCUGUGCCAAUAUAUAGUGAAUUAGUCCCACCUCCGGAAUUUGUUUUGCGGGCUUUAAACUUAAAGACCUUAAAUCUUAGCAACUGCCAUUUGGUUGAUGUUCCAGAUUCUAUCUACUGUUUAUUAUCACUGAAACAUUUAAAUUUGUCUGGAAAUCAUUUCUGCACACUAACGUCCAGAGCUGGUAACUUGACCAAUUUGGAAUCUCUUACACUGACAGCAUGCAAGUCUCUUUCGGCAAUUGAGGAACUUCCACCAAAUUUGAAAGAUAUAUAUGCAGAAUAUUGUGCAUCAAUUGAAGCAUUAGAUGUAUCCAAGCUAAAUUACUUGAGGUGCAUGUAUCUUUCCUACUGCACUAGCUUGGUAUAUGUUACGGGGUUAGAAGGACUUGAAUUUAUAACAUGGAUUGACAUGGAAGGUUGCAGAAAUCUAUCAGCCACCUUCGAAAAGAUUUUAGUCCUGAUAUUUGGGCGCCCGCAGCUGGUAUUUAGAACCGGGGAAGAUUACAUACCUGGCUACCGCAGUCCCCGGGCUUUACGGCCGAAAUUUGAGGAUCGAAAAGAUAAUGAAAAGUAUAUAUGUUAUUAUCGCCGUCCCCAACAUUUUCGCUUUAAGCAGCUGAACCAGGAAUCGGAAACUUCCAGGGAUUGUAAGCAUUCACAAUCUGAAUCUGAAUGACACUUAUAUUUCUGGUUUAAAUGCUUCUUUUUGUGAUAUCUUACUUUGUUAGUUCUAAUGUAAUGUUUGGAAUUGGUCCAAUGAUGGACAUUCUUUACUACAGUUUUUAAGUAUCAAAGAGUUGGUUCAGUUCUAGAAUGGUUUUUUCAUGCCAGAACCAGUUUCUUUGGUGUAUAUAUAAAGUGUACCAAUUUGAUUUCUGGCAAGUGUCUAAAUGAUCUCGCUCACGUUUCACAACUAAGCAAGAGUUAGAAUUCUUUGCA